AUGUCUCGUUUCGUUAGAGCCUCCAAGUACCGCCACGUUUUUGGACAGCCAACAAGGAAGGAACAUGGAUACGAGAACGUCAAAGUGACGAACAGCGCAUGGGACACCAAUCUCAUCUCCUCAUCCGGCCAAUACAUCUCUGUAAACUGGAACGCAUCAGGAGGAGGCGCAUUCGCCAUCCUCCCCCUCCCCUCGCCCUUCCAAACCUCCCCCUCCUUCCCAUACAAACUCCCCGACACCCUCCCCCUCGCCCGCUCCCACACCGCCCCCGUCCUGGACACAGAUUGGUCCCCACACAACGACGCCCUCGUCGCCUCUGCCGGCGAAGACGGCAAAAUCAUGAUCUGGUCCGUGUCCCCGUCCUCUUUCGAAGGGUGGGGCACGGAGGGGUGGGUCCCCCAGGACUUUGAUCCUGUUCUUCGGAUCGACGGGUCCCCGAGGAAGGUGGGCCAGGUGUUGUUUCAUCCCAGUGCGGAAGGGGUGUUGGCGGCGAGUGGAGGCGAAUGUACCGUUAAACUAUGGGACAUUGCCAAUCCCGAGGAACCGACGGCAGUGUUGAAUGGCCAUGGGGACGUGAUUCAAAGUAUGGCAUUCAACCCCACGGGAACGCUCCUAGCCACCACCUGCCGCGAUCGGAAACUCCGGAUAUUCGAUCCGCGUGCGGGUGGUAAGCCUGUUCGAGUUGGGGAUGGACAUGGUGGGAUUAAAGGAUCGAGGGUGACGUGGAUGGGCGAGUUGGAUAAGAUCGCUACGACGGGGUUCAGUAAGAUGAGUGAUCGACAGGUCGGCAUUUGGGAGGUGGCCGGGUUGGGGAAUGUAAAGACCAUUUCGUUGGAUAUGAGUGCGGGUGUCGUUAUGCCGUUUUGGACGGAUAAUCAGAUUUUGUUUUUGGCUGGGAAAGGAGACGGGAAUAUACGUUACUACGAAUACGAAUCAGACUCUCUACACCCACUCGCAGAACAUAAAUCUUCAGAACCUCAACGCGGCAUGUGUUUCCUCCCCCGCCGCGCACUCAACGUCGCAGAGUGUGAGAUCGCACGCGCUUACAAGGUUCAUGGCUCCAGCAUCGAGCCUAUUGCGUUUAUCGUUCCCAGAAAGGCCGACUCGUUCCAAUCAGACAUCUACCCACCAGCACCAUCCAUCGAUCCAUCCCUUUCCGCAACAGAGUUCUUCAAUGGGAAAACCGCACCGCUCAAACUGGUCAGUUUGGCAGAUGGGAGCUCGGUUGUUGGGUCUUCCGCUGCUGCUCCUCCUUCCAGAAGCGCGUCUUUCUCUGCUGCUGCUUCCCCCAGCGCAUCAUUCUCAAGUGGCGGUGGUGCUGCAAGUGCACCCCCACCCUCGGCAGCACCACGACCAGCAGCGAUCCAGCCCAAGAGGACGUUCAGCGCUUCGGCGCCUACGCCCGUCGAGCAGACGCCCAUCACACCGGCUGCAUAUAGCCAGCCAACGAAGAGCUGGGAGGCUCCUGCGCCCACCCCAGUGACGGAUUCGACCCUCAAAGAGGAAAAUGCCCGCCUGACGACGGAGCUGCGCGAAGCGAGGGAGAAGAUUCGGAAUUUGGAGUUGCAGGUUGAGAUUGUCAGGGCUGCUCAGGUGUUUGGUGAUCUUUCUGUCGCGUUUAGAUGUGUGGUGUUGCAUUGUCAAGGAGUAGUUUGUCUGUCUCACCCAGCGAACUUCCCUGCCAAGAUGUCAAUGAGAAUUGUGCAUUUUGGUCAUAAGUUCCGAAAAAUUCAAUAUCCCUUCAACUUCUAUGAUCUCUUUUUUAAUGUCGGAUCAUAA